CGUGAUUUGGUCAUCACACAUUCUGAUCACUUACUUUGUCAUCUUCUUUAAUUUCCCCUUUCUUUUUAUUUCUUGAAAUGUCUAUAUUUUUCAGUGUUUAAUUAAUUAUAAGUGGUUCAUAAUCCGGCCCCUUAAUCAAAGAAGUUAAUAAAAUCUACUAAUCAUGCAAAUUAAUAAACCCUACCUUUUCUCUCCACUACCAAAACCAAAAACAUGUCAACACCAACCAUGAACCCUCCAACACCAACCUCAUCAAGAUCAUCACCACCACCUUUCCAUAAUAACAACCACGACAACGAUGACAACAACGAUGAUGAUUUUCGAGAUAUCCAUGCUAUGACACCGGCCGUGCCUCCUAGCCGUCAGCGUAACCUAUCGGUAGGAAGUGACAUCACCAACUCUAGUGAGAAUUUUACAACGAUGAGUAGGGAGUUCAACGCCCUAGUCAUAGCAGGUUCCACUAUCGAUCACAACAACGACUACCACACCAAUAAUAAUCAAGUAAGUAUUAACUUGGAUAGGAUUGGAGAAGAGGAGGGGGAGGCAGUGGUUAAUCCGUUGGCUAUAGUCCCGGAUAAUAACCCUUUGCCUUCCCCUCCUGACGGGUAUGGGAAUGGAAAUAGGAAUAGAAAUAUGAAUAAUACGUCGUUGACUCACUUGAUGGGAUCAUCAAGUAGUGGUAAUACAAAUAAUAAUUCUCGUAAUAGUAAUAGUAAUAGUAAUAGUAAUAGUAAUAGUAGCGGAGGGGAGAUGGUUAUACAUCAAGUGAAGAAAGAAGAGGUCGAAACAAAGAUCAUGGCUUGGCAAACGGCUAAGAUUUCCAAAAUUAAUAAUCGGUUUAAGAGGGAGGAUGCGAUUAUUAGCGGCUGGGAGAAUGAACAAGUUCACAAGGCUACUUCUUGGAUGAAGAAAAUUGAGAGAAAAUUGGAGGAGAAAAGAGUAAAAGCAAUGGAAAAGAUGCAAAACAACAUAGCAAAAGCUCGUAGAAAAGCAGAGGAAAGAAGAGCAUCCGCAGAAGGAAAGAGAGGAACCAAAGUGGCAAGCGUGCUUGAAGUUGCUAACUUAAUGAGAGCUGUUGGUAGACCUCCGGCUAAACGCUCUUUCUUUUAAGCUUUUCACCACUUUAUUUUAUCCUAUAUUUAGAAAGAAAUUUACAUGCAAUAAUUUGUAUUAUGAUUAAUGGAGUACUACUACAAAAUAUUGUUAGCCACUAAAAAAAAAGUGACACCUAAGUUUAAUUUGAGUCCUCUGCCUUUUGGA